AAUUAUGCUUUCCUGUUGUGUUACGUGUAGCUAUAGUUAUGACUACGUGCAAGUAGCAUAAUUCAUACUGCUUCUCGAUCCGUUAAUUAUUAACUGUAGUUGUAGAUCUAACUAGGCCUGUGUACAAGUAGCAUAAUUUACAGUGUUUCUCCAACGUGAGCUGGUACAUAAAUUAAACCCACCGUUGAAAAAAUAUUCUAGCAUUCUGUCAAACACAUUCUUUUAGUUUUAGUUUAUUGCGUUGUCUGUUUCUGUUCAUUUGCUGUCAGUUCGUAAUAUUACGGAUGACACUUGACGGGAUACAAAUAUACAGGGUUUCCGCGGGUCAUUAAUAAGUCUAAAUUUCAAUAAUCUGAAUUUUAGGCCUUAAAAUAACUUAAAUACGACUUUCACAGGUAUUAAAAUUUGAUCGGAUUAUUAUGUCAACGUUCCAGUGGGAUCCGUGGUUUCAAUUAUCUGUAGUUUAUCGCACUCUGGAAAAAAGUUUUUAAAUUACAGAACGGUCCAUAAAUUCAUUAAUAAAUCGGGACGCAAUUUUUAUCUGAAGUAGCGUCUGUAUUUGUUCAUAAUUUGCAUUUAAGUAGUAAUUGAGUUAUUAUUAAGUAUAUGUGCCCCCUCAAGUAAAAUGUUACCAUAUUCCGAAUAAAUAAAAGACAACUGCUGGAACACCAUGGAAAAAAAGUGGGAGGAAAUUUUCAAUUACCUUUCUAAGGGGUUAUACUCAGUGGGACUAGAUAAAGGACAGAGGCAAACCCUCAGAAAAUACUCGUCAAAAUUCAGCAUUCAUGAUGGGAAACUCUUUUUUGGUGGUACAAAUCAACGAAGAGUAAUAAAAACGAAAGAGGAGGCAAUGAAUCUUUUUAAAGAAUUUCAUGCCUCACCAAUUGGGGGCCACGCUGGUGUAAUAAAAACACGAACUGCCAUGUGCUCAAGAUUCUACUGGUAUGGCAUGACUACAGACGUUGCGAAAUGGGUGUCUGAAUGUGACCAAUGUCAAAGAGUUGGACCUCCGUUGACUGCAGUGAAAUCAAUGGACUGCAUCAAGGUAUCUGCAGUUUGGGAGCUGAUUGGAAUUGACCUUUCUGGUCCACUCCCAAAAACGUCCACUGGCUUUCAGUAUAUUUUAAUGGCAACUGACUAUUUUUCGAAGUGGGUGGAGGCCUUCCCUCAAAAAACAAAGUCUGCAGUGGAAGUAGCAAAGAACCUAUGCGCACUUAUUUACAGACUUGGAUGUCCUCAGCGCAUAUUAUCAGACCAAGGACAGGAGUUUGUAAAUCAGAUUAAUGACAAACUCUGCAAACUACUGUCCAUUGAGAGGAGUAUAAUUGCUGCCUACCAUCCACAAACAAAUGUGCUCGAUGAGACGACUAAUGAUGACCUCAAACGAGCACUUAAAGAGCUGGUGAAUCAGCAACAGAAUCACUGGGACCUAUGCCUCGAUGCAACUUUGUUUUCACUGCGAUCUAAAAUACACACCACGACAAAAUUCUCCCCAUUUAAGUUAAUGUAUGGAAGACAGGCUAGAUUUCCCUCAAAAGUGCCUGUUAAAAUGCUGGUGACCCAGGCGCAGAGGGAGAACCGGGCCCUCAAGCGGAGGAUCCAGCUGCUGGAACCCGGGCCGACGAGGGAGCCGGGCUGCGCUGGCUGCUGCUCAGGAAACGCGGCAGUCAGUUAUCAAGUUGAGUGUGUGCCCCGCGGCCGGCAGAAGCGGGGAAGAGGAGACGUAGAGGAUGUUGCGCCGCUGCCAUGCAGCAUGAAGCAGUCAGUCGACAUGGAGGAGGAUGCAGGACCUGAAUCGCUGCUCAUCAAGGAGGAGAGACUUGAGGAGGAUCUGGAGCGAGCCAGUCUGCAUGGAGAUCUGGACUUGAAGACAGAAAGUAACGAUGGAUACGCGCUGGGAAUUAACCCUCUGGGGACAAGGGGUAUGGAACACGCUUUCACUGACUGGGAGGUCACAGUGGGGGCGGCUGUUCGCAACCUGGACCCGGUCAUAAACACGGCUUCUCCAAAGGCUUCGAAAGGCCACGAGGAGUUUACUGAGCACCAUGGGAGCCACCGCUGUCUUUCGGAGGUCAGUGGAUUGGAAACUGUCCUUAAAGCAGAGCCAGAGAGAGCCAGUGGGAGAAAAGUGCUCCAGCAUUCAGCCUCUGAACAGAGCACAGGAAGACUGGCCAGUCUCUACUGUGAUUACACUGCAUACAGCAGACGUGGCCACCUGAGGACGUUCUUUGCACAUGGGGUCGAUGAGACAGAUGCAGAUGAUCCUUCGUGCUCUUAUGCCACAGAAAUGGACUCUGAGGGCUUGUCGUUUCACUCAGAGCUGCAGCAUAUUUCAGCAGCAGAAGACGCGGGUGACAGUGUCUCUGUCGGCUCUGCGGACAUGAAGCCAGAGCUUGUGAUGGUAGACUCACUGCCCGAGGACACGGAGGCCGACGUGUGCUCAGCAUGGGACGGUGACGCGCUCCCUGUGGCAGCGGCAUUCGCAGCGCGUAGUCAUGACAAAGGAGAGGGACAUGGGGACAGGAAGGAGAGAGAGAGGGUGUUCAACGUUUGUCUCCCACAGGUCCCAAUGACUUCUGUUGCUCCUGUCCCCCUGCCACCUAACCAGUCACGUCCCACUGCCCCUCUUCCAUAUUCCGGCCCCCUGCAUCAGUACCACUGGCCUGCAAGCACUGCAGGACAGGCAAUGGAUAAAGGGAGAUCUGUAGCUCCAUACACAGACGCUCCACAUGCAGCAUGCUCAAGGAUAUCUGUACCAAGGCAAAUUAUACAUCAGCCUGCAGUUUCUGCCCCUCAUCCAGUUUCUCUUACAACUCCCACUCCUGUCCAAAGCUCCAUCUUCAUGGUGGUAACACCUCAAAUCCCUGCUGCUGUCCCUAUUGCUCCUGUAGGCCCUACUGCACCUGCCAAGAGAGCCUACAGACGAACAGUUGGGAGUAAUCGGUGUAGUAAGUGCAAUGAGCCUCGGCACAAAGACAAUGGUCACAGUCAAUAUUACGGAUACAUAUACUGUCCUCAUAAUGCCGACAUGUCACUUCAGCAGUGGAAGGAGGACAUGCGUAGGAAGAGGGCUGAGAGAAAAAAGUUUGUCAUUUAGUCAUUAAUUUUUCAUGUAAAAAGUGUUCAAUUUAUUAUGUGUUUGUGUGUUUGAGUCUGUGUGUAAAUGUUUUUGUAGUGGAUGUGUGAAGCUUGCGGUGGUUUAAACUGAGUGGGUGAGAAUUAUUAAUAUUGUAUGUGUUUAUAAUUUUUCAAAAAUAAAGUUUAAUAUGUCCGUCA